GCCGCCGCCUCCGCCGCCUGGGGCUUGGUUGAGGCGGACUGUGGGUCCCGGCGGAGUGUGGCGCCGCCGCCGCUGUGCGAAGGGGCAAGCGGGCAGUCAGAAAAUGGGUAAGAAGAGUCGAGUAAAAACGCAGAAAUCAGGCACUGGUGCUACAGCAAGCGUGUCCCCGAAGGAAACCUUGAACCUAACUAGUGAGCUGUUGCAGAAAUGCAGUAGUCCUGCCCCGGGCCCGGGAAAAGAAUGGGAAGAGUAUGUGCAGAUCCGGUCUCUAGUUGAGAAAAUACGAAAAAAACAAAAAGGUCUGUCUGUUACUUUUGAUGGAAAAAGAGAAGAUUACUUUCCUGAUCUAAUGAAAUGGGCCUCUGAAAAUGGAGCCUCUGUUGAGGGUUUUGAGAUGGUGAACUUCAAAGAAGAGGGCUUCGGUUUGAGAGCAACAAGAGAUAUCAAGGCGGAAGAAUUAUUUUUAUGGGUUCCACGAAAAUUACUAAUGACUGUUGAAUCUGCUAAAAAUUCAGUGCUGGGGCCCUUGUAUUCUCAAGACCGAAUCCUUCAAGCCAUGGGGAACAUCACACUGGCCUUUCAUCUGCUGUGUGAGCGAGCCAACCCUAACUCUUUCUGGCAGCCCUACAUUCAGAGCCUCCCCAGCGAAUACGACACCCCUCUCUACUUCGAAGAGGAUGAGGUUCGCUACCUUCAGUCCACACAGGCCAUACAUGACGUCUUCAGCCAGUAUAAGAACACAGCGCGGCAGUACGCCUACUUCUAUAAGGUCAUCCAGACCCAUCCUCAUGCCCACAAACUGCCCUUGAAGGAUUCUUUCACUUAUGAGGACUACAGGUGGGCGGUCUCUUCCGUCAUGACUCGACAAAACCAGAUUCCCACGGAGGAUGGCUCCCGGGUGACCCUGGCGCUGAUUCCUCUGUGGGACAUGUGCAACCACACCAGCGGCCUGAUCACCACUGGCUACAACCUGGAGGACGACCGCUGUGAGUGUGUAGCCCUGCAGGACUUCCGGGCCGGAGAGCAGAUUUACAUUUUUUAUGGCACUCGGUCAAAUGCAGAGUUUGUGAUCCACAGUGGUUUUUUCUUUGACAAUAAUUCACACGACAGAGUGAAAAUAAAGCUUGGAGUGAGUAAAAGUGACAGGCUGUACGCCAUGAAGGCCGAGGUCCUGGCUCGCGCUGGCAUCGCAACCUCCAGUGUCUUUGCAUUGCAUUUUACGGAGCCACCCAUCUCUGCCCAACUUCUGGCUUUUCUCCGAGUCUUCUGCAUGACCGAAGAAGAAUUGAAAGAACAUUUGCUGGGAGAUAAUGCCAUUGACAGAAUCUUCACCUUGGGGAACUCUGAGUAUCCUGUUAGCUGGGACAAUGAGGUCAAACUGUGGACAUUUCUUGAAGAUCGAGCCUCACUUCUUUUAAAAACAUAUAAAACAACCAUUGAGGAGGAUAAGUCCUUCCUGAAAAGCCAUGCCCUUUCCGUUCGUGCCACGAUGGCCAUCAAGUUGCGCUUAGGCGAGAAAGAGAUUUUGGAAAAAGCCGUCAAGAGCGCGGCCGCGAACCGAGAGCACUGCCGCAGGCAGGUGGAGGGGCACGCCCCGCUCCCCAAGUAUGAGGAGAGUAACCCGGGGCUGCUAGAGGGCGUGGCGGACUCGCGGCUGCCCCUGGUCCUCAGGGACCCGGAGGGAGAGGCCGGCGCACAGGAGGCCUUGACCCUCACUGAGGCUGUCCGCAGGGCAAAGGCUGCAGAGCACGGGCUGGUCAAUGGCGAAAACUCUAUACCCAACGGGACCAGGUCGGAAAAGGAAAGUUUAAAUCUAGAGGAAAGUAAAAGAGCGACCGGAGAUGCCAAAGAAUCUUCUUCCGACAGCGCCGAGGAAGUUGGAAAGUAGCUCUGAGUCUGUCGGGGGACCCCGUUUAGCAGAAGUGUAUGAACGGCCCCGUUUACAUCGCUGUGUUUCCUUGUUCACGGUUUUCUUUCUGCAGAGAGGAAAAUAUGUUUUUGCUGCUUUAUAUAAAAAUGAUUUUUUUAAGUUAUUUAAAAAAUCUAGCUGCUUCCCUUUCUGAUUAAGAUUGCCAUCUUGCUUCUUGGCCAAACAAACAAGUUAUCAAGCAGAGCACAGAGGGGGAAAAGGUGCCUCGGAAGAUUUUGCAGACCCAUUGCGGGCAAAUGUAUUUUCUUCCUGGGGAAGAAUUCAGUUCCUCUGUCAACUGUGCUUUUGUGGGCCUGUCAUCUUGACAACCAGAAUCAAAGCCUGCCCUGCCUCCUGCCAACGGGGCUUGGCGGUGGCGCUCUGGGGGUGCAGUGCGAAGGUGGGGCAUUUGGCUGCACAGCGGAAAACAGGCUCAAGGCUAGGAAACUUGAGAGGCUGGGCAAAAAAAAAAAAAAA